CUGAUACACACACCAGACUCACACAUAUAAAUACCCAGGCCAGCUGUCAGCAUUAGGCUAGUCAUGGCAGACAAGAAGAGUGCACCGGUGGUGAGGAGGAAGGAGAGGUUGGCGGCUGAUAAGCCCAAAGAGGCUGCGGCGCCGGAGGCAGAGACGUUCCUGGACAUGUCCGACAGGGCUCAGAGGAGGUUGAAGUCGAGGGAGGCAAGGCAUGCCGCCAAUACCCAGGCCCCUCCAGCUGACGACGAGACCGCCGUCAACGGGGCCACCAACGGGGCCACCAACGGGGCCACCAACGGGGACGCCAACGGGGACGCAAUCGAGGUGGACGAGGACGGGAACCCGGUGGAGACGGCCAAAAAAGAACCCAUCGUGCUGACGCCCUUCGAUAUCAUCUCAGGGAACCGGAUCGACCCCUUCUUCUUCAAGUUCCAGUUCAAGAACGUGGAGUACUCCUCGGGCCGCAACAAGACCUUCCUGUGCUACCUGGUGGACCCGGGGACAGACGGCCUGCUGAUGCGCGGCUACAUGGAGGACGAGCACCUGUUCGACCACGUGGAGGAGGCCUUCUUCAAGGAGAUCUUGCCCUACUACAACCCCAAACACAAGUACGUGGUCACUUGGUACAUGUCGUCCAGCCCCUGCGCGGCGUGCCUCACCAAGGUGGCGGAGAUCCUGAAGGUUCGGAAGACGGUGCGCAUGACCAUCUUCUCGGCGCGCCUCUUCAAUUGGGAGGAGCCGGAGAUCCAGGCAGGCCUCAAGGCGCUGGUGGCGGCGGGCUGCAAGCUGCGCAUGAUGAAGCCGCUGGACUUCACCUACACCUGGGACACGUUCGUGGAGAACGACAACGACACCUUCACGCUGUGGGAGGACUGCCAGGAGAACUAUGAGUUCUACCACGAGAAGCUGGCUGAGAUCCUGGAGUCCUAGUGACAGAGUGACUGACAGAGAACAAGAAAGGUGGUAGAAAAGGACUGUGAGAGAGAAAACAUCUGUCGACCAACUAAGAAGUUUUCAUGUACAUCUGUUAGCGUGUGUGCACCUGUAUGCAUUUGGACGACUGCGUGUGUGAGAGAGAGUUGGUCUGUUCACUGUACACCAAUUUGUGAUACUUAAAUGAAUAUAUUGUCUGUACAUUUUGCACUGACCUAUCAAGCUGUCCUGUCGCAAAACUUUCAUAAUUUGUAUGAAAUAUUUACGUUUUAACAUCAUAAAUUGUAUAUGAAUACAAUUUAUAGUUAAAUAUUUACUUUUAACAUUAUAAAUUGUAUAUAUUUUGUAUGUCUAAAUCUUCUUUGAAGUUUACUUUGAUAUACUGAAAUACAUUAUGUUUGACAGUCAUUGAUCAUCAUACUGUAAAUCCCCAUGCUGAAUUCAGGACAAAAAAUAUUACUCUUGCAAAAUCUAUAUUUUAAACAGUUAAUCAUUUUAAGGUUAAGGUUUUAUUGAUGAACUGUGCUAUCAGUCACCUUUAAAUAAGACAAAGUGUUUAGAUUUGUUAACUAUUCAAGUUAAGUUGUGUUUUUUUUCUAAACUUACACUAAGGACAAUGUAUGAUCCGAAGUUGAAUCACUUUUUUAAUAAACACUUUAUCACUGUG